AAGAGUUCAGUGACGUAUGGAUUGAUAGAUGGUAUGUAACUGUGGGUGAUAUACAUUUAAUACUCUGAGGACAAAGUGAAGGAGUCACUGUUAACAUGGCUCUCCACCAGUUUCUGUGUGGCUUCACUGUGGUGAUCAUUCUCUUAUCCAAAGGUUGUCAGUCACAGGACUGCGGCAAAGCUCCCAAAAACACUGGAAUUGUGGGAGGUGGAGAUGCCUCCCCAGGAAGUUGGCCCUGGCAGGCCGAAUUGAGAGAAGAUGGUAAAUACAUCUGUGUGGGGUCACUGAUUAACGACCAGUGGGUGCUGACAGCUGCUUACUGCAUAACAGGGGCUCGGAACUUAACAGUUCAUCUGGGCCGCCACAACCAGUCAGCUCCAAACAACAAUGAAGUGUCACGGGGAGUUGCUGAGACGGUUCGCCACCCUUUAUACAGCUUUUUAAAGAACGACAUCGCUCUGCUGAAGCUGUCGGCCUCUGUGAAUUUUACUGACUACAUAAGACCAGUAUGCUUGGCCUCAGAAAACAGCACUUUCCACACUGGGACUAACACCUGGAUCACUGGUUGGCCCUACGGUACUUCCACAAACAUCCUACAGCAGGUCAACACAUCAAUAGUGGGAAACAAUCAGUGCAGAUGCUACUACAAGACUACAAUCACAGAGAGCAUCAUCUGUGCUGUAGCCAAACCUAAUGGAUGUCAGACUGUCCCAGGGGGACCACUGGUGAUCAAAAUUAAUGAUAGCUGGGUCCAGGUUGGAAUUUUGUCUGUAGAAAUCAGCUGUGUCAUCCCUAACUUUCCUGGUAUUUACACCCGUGUGUCCCAGUAUGAGGAAUGGAUCAGCAACGUCACCAGCAGCAACAGACCAGGCUUUGUUAUCUACACCUCCCCUGGAGUUGACAGCGACCUAAACUAUACCUGUCCAACAUCACCACCCAUCACAACCACCACCACCACAGCCACUAACACCGACACAACUGCUACCACCACCACAGCCACUAACACUGACACAACUGCUACCACCACUACAGCCACUAACACCAUCACUACAGCCACUAACACCGACACAACUGCUACCACCACCACAGCCACUAAUACCAUUGCCACCACCACUAGUGAUGAUAAGGGCGGUGACAGCGUAUUUGACGGUGGUGAAAAAGUGAUCCACUUCUCUCACUUCACCUCACUCUGUGCUCUUGUUCUCUCUCUCUUUGUACUGGCUGGUGACGCCUGACAUGAAAAUGUGAAACGAUGAACGGUUUAAGAUUCUUGUUCCCAAAUGUCUCGUUGACUGUUUGAUAAUGAGUCCUCUUCAUAUGAUAACAGCACAAAAACAUUUGUAUUGUAGAAUAUCCAUCUAUAUAACCAUGUUCUUCCACUUAUCUGAGGUUUGGUUGUGGUGGUGGCGGCAGAGUAUUUUCUGUUUUACAUAUUAAAUUCUGAUGUCAUCUAAUCACAAAUGGGAUUGUUUGACUAAAUUGUCUUCACAUUAAACUGUUGAAUUGUCAGUUUUAAAUCUGUAUUCUAUUAAUAUAUGAAUAAAGCUUGGUACUGGGCAGGCUGCUUACAGUGA